AUGGCUCUAACUCAGGGCAGCAACCACUCGUCUGACUAUUUCGACGAUGACCCCGAAUUCCUCAAGGCUAUCACUCAAGUAGCAAUACCAGGGGACGCAGCGCCUAGCCCCAUCAAAGCUGCCCCUACCAAGCCCACGAUUGUCGACUUGGCACAAGACCCGUUCGUGGAUCCGGAUGAGCCGCCGUCUCCGACUCAGCGAACCUUGAAGCGGCAACGCUCGCCAGAUGACGACCUAUACGCUGAUGACGAAGAUGGCGCGCAGUAUCACAGCGUCCUCAACGCUGUGGAUGGGAACGAUAGAGGACACGAUGAGGCGUAUCUGCAGUCAUACACCUAUGGCGCGUCGCGAUUCGGAGAGUUUGGGGAGUAUAUGGUUAGGAAGCGCGCGAAGCUGCAAGUUCAGAACCGAGAGAUAGAGGAUGACGAGGAUGAGACUACUCCAAAGAGCAGAAUCUUCGCCGGCCUUCAGAUCUAUAUCAAUGGUUGGACGGAGCCGUCUGUGCAAGACCUGCGGAAGAUGAUAGUUCAGAAUGGCGGUAUCUACCAUCCCUACCUGGACAAGAAGUCGCUUGUGACCCACAUCAUCACCUGCUCGCUCACUCCCGCCAAAGUCCGCGAGUUCAAGUACAUGAAGGUCGUCAAGCCGGAUUGGCUCCUCGACAGCCUCAAGGCGGGCACCCUCCUCCCUUGGCAGAAUUAUGUCUUCCGCCCAGGCGAGAGGGUGGAGGCAACCCAAGGCCGCAAGGCUCCCCAGAAGUCGCUCUUCGGCAACUUUGUCACCCAAACGAAGCGGCCUCCUCCCAUCGCGCAAGCCACCGCGAGCGGGUCAAGGGCCGGGGGCGCAGAUCCGCCCAUGGCCGUCGACAACGACGACGAAGACGGGGACUGGCAAGCCAGCCAGCCCGAGCCCUCACAAAUCUCCGGGACGCCCUCCCCUCCACAGACACCCCAGAAGAUGCCCUUCGCCCCCCACAAGCCCGUCCCGACGACGCCCUCGUCCCGCGCCCCCUUCACAACCGACCCCACCACUCCCGAGCACGCGGCGCGCGUGCCGGGCUACGCCGCGCACAAGUCGAACCCGCACGCGGAGCGCGCGAUGAAGGACCCGGCGUGGCGCGCGGCGCACACGUCCGUCGCGCCGGACUUCAUCGAGGGGUACUACAGGAACUCGCGGCUGCACCACCUGUCGGCGUGGAAGGCGGAGCUGAAGAACCUCGUCGCGGAGGCGCAGGAGCGGGCGGAGAGCGGGGGGGCUGAGACGUGGAAGAAGGCGGCGGGGGAGCGUAGGGCUAGCGCGGGCGGGGGCGAGGGCGGCGCGGAAGGUGUGGCAAGGAGUGCGAGCCAGGAGGCCGUGGAGCGGAUCGUGCGGGAGAACCUGGGUGGGCACGGGUUGGGGAGCACGGAGCUGGAGGGGGACGUGAGCAUGAAGGGUGCGAGGCUGGUCAAGAGGGCGGCUCAGGGGAAGGGGAAGGGCAAGGAGAAGGCAGUGGACGAGGAGCGGGUCAUCAUCAUGCACUGCGAUUUUGACAGCUUCUUCGUGUCCGCGGGUCUCGUCGACCGGCCGCAUCUGCGCGGGAAGCCGGUCGUCGUCUGCCAUUCGCAAGGAUCGACGGGGGGAGCGGCGAGCACGAGCGAGAUCGCUAGUGCGAGCUACGAGGCGCGAGAAUUUGGUAUCAAGGGCGGGAUGAGUCUCCAGCAGGCUCGCAAGCUCUGCCCGGCGGUCAUCACGAUCCCGUAUGAGUUCCAGAGGCGCGUGCUAUUGAUGCUAUAUAAGCAGUUCUCGCUGCAGUUCUACACCAUUCUCAUGGCGCACGCUGACGACCUCCAGGCGGUGUCUGUGGACGAGGCCCUCAUCGACGUGACCAGCAGCGUCACACGCAUACGCGCCGAGCUCGCUCAACGUCCGGACCGCAUGGAUGACGGAAGCGAUCCUGCCAAGGAUUUUGCGGAGUCGAUCAGGGCGCAAGUGAGAAAGGUCACGGGCUGUGAAGUGAGUAUCGGAAUAGCGCACAACAUCAUGCUGGCCAGGGUGGCGUCUCGGAAGGCGAAACCUGGCGGAUCAUACCACCUGCGUCCGGAAGACGUGGCGGAGCAGCUUGCGCCGCUCGAUAUCGAUGCACUCCACGGGUUUGGCUACUCGACUCGUCAGAAAGCUGAGGAGAAACUCGGGACGGCAAACUUGGGGCAGUUGAUGAAGAAGAGCAGGGCUGUUCUGUGUGAAGCACUCGGCAAGGGCACAGGGGAGACGCUGUACAAGGCCCUGCGAGGCAUCGACGAUAGGAGGCUGGAGAGCGACAAGCCGCGGAAGUCGGUUUCUUGCGAUAUUAACUACGGUAUCCGGUUUGAGAACAACGAGCAAGCGGAGACUUUCGUGUACCAGAUGGCAGAGGAGGUCUCUCGCAGACUGCAGAGUAUCGACAUGCGAGGUCGUUCCAUCACCCUCAAGGUUCUCACCCGAGAUCCUAAUGCACCGGUUGAGGCCCCCAAGUUCAUGGGACAUGGCAUAUGCGAAGCACAUAACAAGCAGAUCCCUCUCAUCGCUCCUGGAGGACGAGCAACUAGCGAUGAGAAGAUCAUCGGGGAGCACGCCUGGAGGAUGCUCAAGAGCUUCAACUUCGACCCGAAGGAGCUGCGUGGUGUCUCAAUUCAAAUCCAGAAGUUGGAGAAGGGAUCUGGUUCCCAGGAGGCCGAGCUCGGCCAAGCGCUGCUCCCCUUCAAACGUGUUGAGGCGAGUAAGCAGAGCGGUGCCGGAGAGCCUUCAACGAGUCGAGCCACAGCACCUCAAAUUGCCGUCCAGCCUCCGUCGCAAGACAGUGACAUCGAAAUUAUUCGGAGUACGGUCAAGGCCGCCGCACCUGCGAACGCCAACAUCGACCUACCGUCGUUCUCCCAGGUCGACAUGUCUGUCUUCGAAGCGCUGCCCGAGGACCUUCGAAAGGAGCUCGAGGCGGAAUACAAGCGUCGCUCUGCCACUCCUCAGGCUGGUCCAGCACCCAAAGACCGGUCUCCCGCUGCAGAACCUGCGCCACGGAAGAAAUCGACCCUGAAAAGCACGAACGUCAAGCGCAUAACGCAGCAGCUUGCGCCCCGCAACCGGCCCUUCCUUUCGCCCACGAACAAGCUCUUCGGCCACCGUGUAUACGCAUCAUCGGUCAAAGUCUCUGAGCGCGAGCUCCGCAAGUACGGCAUCGAUCCCGAGGUCUUCGCAGCGCUCCCACCAGAGAUGCAGCGCGAGCAGCUGGCCGCGCACCGCGCGCCAGGGGUGACAGUACACGUCGGCACGCGCAAAGUGCUGAAGCCCUCGAGCGGCCCCCGCGGGCGGUCGUCCAAGUCCCCUGGGAUCGUCUUCCGCCCGCCGCCCGCGCCCAAAGCGGUGUACCUCGCGGCACCCACGCUCAAACAACAAGGCAAGGCGAAGGGCGAGAAGCUCUGCUUUAGGGAGAAGGAGGACCUGCAGGCGGUGAUCGAGAGCUGGGUUGGGAGCUUCACAGAGCACGCGCCGAACCAGCGGGAUGUGGACUAUUUCGCGAAGUUCUUGGUGCAGAGCGUGGACGGGGACCUGUCGGCGGACUCUGGGGUCGAGAAGGCGGUCGCGGUCGUGAAGUGGUGGCUUGUGCUGCUGAGGAGGCACUUUGGGGCAUGGGAGCACGCGCCGGAGGUUGAAGGGGAUGCGGAGGUCGGGGCAAGGCCGAAGAGGGUGACGUCGGAGUAUGUGGGCAGGGCGUGGUGGAGGGCGUUCAGAGAGGUGAAGGCGAAGAUGGACGCGGCUGCGAGGAAGAGGUAUGGUGGAUCUCUUUCGUUGAAGUGAGUGCCGGAUGGAUAGAUGUAUCGUUGUAGUAAGUUAUACUGUAUGUAUCGAUCAGAGCGGGACGUCGAACGAGUUCCCAACUCGACAGGUCAUGAAAGUCAUUCUGGG